UGUUUGUUCAACUGAAUUUUUACCCGCAACGGUCAACCCUUUCCACCCGUGGAUCCGAUGGCGCUGGAGAAUAGGUGCACACACCGCUAUUUUCCAGUUUUCAAUGAAAGUUACUUUGUCCACCGACUUGGCGUCCAUUGUUUCAUUUGAAUGCUCGCCUCGCCCGCCAAAUUCGAAACGCAAAGCGGAAUAGAUUAUGGAGAAUCGGAUUUGUCUUCAGUCAGAUCCUGCAUUCUGAAGGCAACUCAACUCCAGUUUGUGUUGCAAAGAACUUCCAGAGAUCACAUUUAGGGACUUGGAAGAAAACGAACAUGGCGACGCUGUUAUAUUUCAAGCAUAUUGGAUAUACUUUAUUAUGGAUGAGCGUUCUGAUUGAGAUCGCAGCCAUGUCGACGACAAACUUCACGGAUGGCGGUAGAGGAGGCAAAGUGCUGUCCAUUUUUCAGAUUGUGCAGUUCCAGAACGGUCCUUGCAAUACAACUGGGGUUCAAAGUGGAACUUGUUACACGCAGUCCGAGUGUGAUAAUAGAGGUGGACGAGGUGCUGGAACUUGUGCCGGAGGAUUUGGCGUGUGUUGCAUAAUCAACUUGGCUUGUGGGGGAACGAGUUCCGAAAAUUGCACGUACUUGGUCCAAUCUUCCACCACCGCCACCAACGAGAUGACAUCUUGCCAAUACACAAUUUGUCCAUGCGAUAAACAUAUCUGUCGUCUACGGUUCGACUUCGAGAGCUUCAAUAUCAAUGGACCAGUAACUGGGUCAGCUAUUUCGGACGUUACAGUUAGUGCCGCUACUGAAUUAGGCGGAGUCAUUGGCGACUGUACCACCGAUACGUUCAGCAUAACAUCCCCUGGCAAUUUUGCUCCUCCUGUGAUAUGUGGAUUCAACACAGGACAACACAUGAUAGUGGAUGCGUGCGCUGAAAGCUGCAACGAGGCAAUAUUCGAUUUGGCUGGAAGUGGCACGAGACAAUGGAACAUUAAAGUGACUCAAUACGCAUGUGGUGACGAAAAUGGUGGGCCGGAUGGGUGCUUACAAUAUUUUACUGGCACAACAGGAACCGUAUCCAGUUAUAACUUUCCCACACAAGCAGCAGUUCUGGAUUCUUCACGUAAGAUCAUUUUGUGGAGACCUAAUGAUAUAUUAUUCAAUGUUAUUUAUUUUCACAUAACUUCUCACAAACCCCGACCAUUUCUUACAGCUACACAUUUGUCAAGCCAAACCCAAACCAUGUGCUGGAGGCAAGAAGAAAAUACUUGCGCUAUUUGUUGGAUACCGGAGAUCUUGGGAAGCACCUCACAAACCGGUUCUUUUGGUUUGAGCAUCUCCGCUGGAAAUAAUAAGGCCCGAGGAGAGGUCGAUGGAAAAUGUCGAAGAGAUUAUCUUUUGAUACCUGAUGCUCAAUCUGAUGUUGAUGAUCCAACAACGGGUACAUUCAAUACAUUUAUUGUGGGAACAAUUGGAUCCAUGGAGAGACUGAAUGAUCGCCUCUGUGGACGAUUUCUCACGACAGCUGACGAUGGCGGGACACGCCGAGAGUCCCGAUCUGUUUGCACCCAACAAAGACCGUUUCGAAUGACCUUUUUAUCAGAUGAAGACGAGGUGACGGAAUCCGAUCCACCCCCUGUUAACUCAGCUCAAGAAAACGAACUGAAUCGAAUUCCCGGUGGCAUUGUGGGAUUUAAUCUCCGAUGGACAUUGCAAACGUGUCCUUGAUUUUCUUUGAGCCAAAAUGAAUAGAACGAGGAAAGAGCCCAACUAUGAUCAAUUACCAGGGUGUAUAAAAUCAUUUAGUUAUAUUUAUUUUUUAUCUUGACAUUGCAAAGAACAAUAUUUUUGUCGAAAUACAUUA